AUGCAAGAAGUGGUUGCAAAGCUCGCCGAGAGAGGACACGAAGUGGUGGUGCUUCUACCAGAAGUAACAUGGGAGAUAAGAACAAGACAGGCACUAUACACAGUGAAAACAUACCCAGUGACCGGCACAUUAGAAGAGCUGGAUAACUCAUUUGAAGAGUUCGUUGCUGCUAACAUGAAGAACCUGCCUUUCCCUCUGAACGUUCAAGCAAUAUACAGCAGCUCCGUGAACGUUUUCAGUAAGUUCUUUGGUCAGUGCAAGGACCUGUUCGAUCACAAGGAGACCCUGCAAUUCGACUUUGUGUUUGAGUAUGCCAGACCAGUGAUGCCCAAUAUGGUCUUUGUAGGAGGUAUAAACUGUGCUCUGAAGAAACCACUGCCUAAGAAAACUGGGUUUCUAAUCAACGAACUCUUGCUAGAUAACCAAGCCGACUCAGGGAGUCACUGGCAAACUCUCAAACACUCGGAAACGCCUCUAAGCUGCCAGAUCAGCCUCUCGGUGUCUCUUCUUGGUUUCAUUGCAGACUGUGGGGAUUCCUACUAG